GAACGAUCCCGCGAGCGAGUGCAGACGACAUAAUUUCGCUUCCGUCGCGAGCGCGGGGCCAGUACACCGGAGCAUGCCGUUUGAUUCGCGUGCUGCGUUAUCGCUGCCACUACUGUAGCGCAAUAGUCGCACCGCCUGGAGUAGUGCACCCCCACUGCGGCACUGCGAUCGGAGAUUCGAGCCACCUCUGGUGAAUCGGCUCGGUGAAGUGACUCCGCGCGCCAGUGGUUGUGCGCGCGCCCGUUUCGAAUUGUGUGAGCGGCCACUGGACUCGAUAUCGACGACGUCGGAACGAGAAGAAGGGAGGCUACGCAACGUUGGCUCGCCGGACGAGAAAGGGGCCACCUGGAAGGAACGCCGGCGCGGUUUCGAAGUAUACCCACGAGUGUUGUUAGUGGCGGCAGUGCGGCGCGGGUCGGCGUGUUUUCUUGGCCUCUUGUUCGUUGCGCAAAAGAGCCCCGCGGUGAAGUUCCGGAGCCACCAUGAGCGGCCACGUCGGGGAUCUCAGCCCCAAGCAGCAGCAGGCGCUUCAGCAGUUUCGGGAGGUGUGCAAAGACCUGCUGAACAACGACGACGAUGACUAUUACUGCCUCCGGUGGCUUAGGGCCCGAAACUUCGACAUCCAGCAGUCUAAAGAGAUGAUGAAAAAGAGCAUUGCGUGGAGGAAAGCCAACCACGUCGAUGACUUCGCGAAGGACGACUACAAACCACCAGAGUUCGUGCACAGCACCCUGAUCGGCGGCAUGUACGGCGUCGACAAACAGGGUGGUCCGGUCUGGAUCUACCCGUUCGGAAACUUCCAGAUCAAGCCAUUCCUUCGGGGCUGCACAGUUAAGGAGAUCCUGACGUUGAUGUCGUGGCGCUGCGAACAGGGCAUGAAGAAGAUGCGGGAACAGUCCAAGAAGCUGGGAAAGGUCGUGGAGACGCAGACGGUGAUCUUCGACUUCGACAACUUUUCUAUGCUCCAAGCACUCACCGCCGAAGCUGUGAGCGCAGUGUCGGCAUUUAUUCGAAUGUACGAGGCCAACUACCCUGAGCGGUUACAUCAAGCCUUCGUCAUCAACGUUCCGUCGCUGUUCUCCGUUCUGUUCAACCUGAUCAAACCCCUGCUCACAGGAAACACGCUUACGAAAGUUCACGUCCUCGGGAAAGGCGACAACUGGAAGGAAGAGAUACUGAAGUACGUGGAUGCCGACCAGCUGCCCAAGCAGUGGGGCGGCAACUGCGUCGACGAGAACACCGGCGACCCAUUCUGCUCGACGCACAUCAACAUCGCACGGCCCAUCACGGAGGCUGACUACCGGCGCCGCAGCAGCGUGCUGAACGGCGACCAGGGCGGCUCGGCGGCGGCAACGGUGUCCGUGGACCGGCGCAGCUGCCACGAGGUGCCCGUGUCGGUGACGCAGGCCGGCUCGCGUCUGUGCUGGGAGUACGAGACCGAGGACCACGACAUCGGCUUCACCGUGGUGCGCCGGCCGGACGCCCAAGCCGACGAAGACGUGGUCGUGCUGCCCUGGCAGCGAGAGGACUCGCACCUCAAGCCGCGCGAAGGGAGCCUCCUCUGCCAGGAACCCGGAACCUAUGUGCUGAAGUUCGACAACACGUUCAGCGCCUGCCGCGGCAAGAAGCUCACCUACACCGUUCGGGUGGUACCGCCUUCCAUCGGCGACGACGCGGCGUGACGUCACACACCCGCUCUCCUUUCCCCGCCAAUCGAGCUCCGUGGCCGCGGAGCCUGACCGUUCUCCAGGCCGAAGCCAACCGAAUUCAGAUGCCCCAACGUGCACUUACGACCCAAACAGUCAGCUAAAGGUGGCGAACCCACAAGCACCACGAUAAUGGAAUGUUUCUUAUCUAGAUCCUCAUCCUCUCCUUCCUCUUUUUUUUUCUUGUGUUUUCUUUCCUUUUUAUAGCAAAAAUACUGAACUGUUAAUUUCUCGACUGUGACUGUAUGUCGUGGAAGAGGCGUGUGAGUUUUGGAAAGGACACAGAGGCCAAGAGCAGAACAAGGUCUUAACGAGGACCUGGUGUAAAUUAGUGUAACUGCACGACACUUUCUUCCCGUCACCCUCGGUAAGCAUUUCGGUCAGUGGUCUCGCCCGACGCUCCCCUUGAACUCCAGUGGAAGUGAACCGUAAGCACGGUCACCACUUCGUUGCUUUGGUAUGGUCACCCUAUACGCGAGGUCACUUCAUUGAACUGGUCUCGGUAUUCGCGUGUCAUGCCUACGAUUACUUUGCUGAAUCUUGUGGUGUCGAUUACGAGACCACAGGUUGCAUAUAAAGUCGAAGCUUGGACGUAAUGUGUUAGUAAGCCGCUCUCGAUGAACGUUAUUCCAGCCCCGAGUAAACUGGUGGUGGAUGUCGGCAUCACAUUUUUUUAAAAUAUGGAUCGCAUAAACAUGGCACGAGUGCUACCUUUCGUAGGAGUAGGUAAUCACGCCGUUGAAUACUACCUUUGUCCACGCUCUAAGGCUCUAACCUUUAGUGGAAACAUGGCACGGACGGUUCUGGCACAAUGUCAUCUUUGCAACUCGACUGUAUUAGCACACUUCAAUUGCGCGUUGCGGCGCGGUCACUGGGACACGGUGCACUACAAGUAUUUGCUUGUCUGAGAGCUCAGGCGUUUCAGCUCACCCACGUUCCAAUAUUUUUGCUACUCGUUGUAUAAAGUGUCGAUUGUUGUAUUUGCUGUUAUUUACUUGUUUCUUUACUAUCCUGCCUAGGCAGGGCGCAAAUAAAACACCGCUUUGUUUGUUUCCCGUUGA